AUGCGGCGUCACGGCGCGUCACGCGCCGCCCGAGCGCCUAUUUCAAGCGGGCGAGAGGGACGGAGGCGCCUCCGCCUGGGCGCCAGGCCUCGGGAAUCCCCGCUUUCUUCCCUUCCUUUCCCUCCGCGGGAGGGAGAAGCCUCGGCGAGCUGCGGCGCGAGCUUUGCGGCCGGGAGUUUCCUCAAGGAAGCGGCUGCUCCGGAGAAGCAGCGUGCCGCGCCCCUCGGGAGGCGUAGGCGGCCAACCGCAGCGCACCACCCCCGGCUCUCCAUUUGCGGCUGCAAGGCGUCUCCGCGGGGGAAUUUCGGGGUCCGGAGAUGGCGGCGCGAGGGGCGCCCCGCCGGCGGGUCUAGUUGCCCUCGCGCUGAGGCCGCUGCCGCUGCUGCCACGAUGGUGCCGAAAAGGUGAGUGGAGCUCUCGGGGCCGAAUCUCCAAGCAAAGUCUCGCACUUUGCACGCUCCUUCCUGGAGCUUCUCUCUCAGCUAGUUGUUGCUUUGCUUGCAGGCCAGGUGGAAUAAAUUUGCUUGCAUACGAUAUUUAAAGAGAGGAUAACGCCGAGGAGAUUUCCUACACUUGGAUGUUGCGCUAUGCUGUAUGCGGAUGGCUGCUGCUGCUAUUAUUAUUAUUAUUAUUAUUAUUAUUAUUAAAAUGUUGCUUGCAUUGCUAUGCGUUUAACAGCAAUCAGGCACCGUUCCUGAAACUAAGUAUUACUAAAUUGAAUGGAAACAACCCUAGUGCACGUUGGGGUGAUCAAGGUUUUGUUGAUUAAAUUGUUUUCGUCUCGAAGGAGCCUAGGGUAGCAAACGCAUCAAGAGUAAUGCAACCAAAAGUAAAGGCAUUUUAACAUUACUUUCUGGAUAUAUGUAUUGAAUGCCUGCUAGUCAGGACAGGGAAAUGAAGCUGAUAUACUAGUAGACAGAACUCCUGAUUUUUGACUACUUUGUAAGCCAGGCUUUUUUGGUGUGAGACGGGUCCCGCUCAAUUAUCAGCUAAGCAACUGAAAGCCAUAACAAAAAUGGCUCAUCUUUAUUGAUACUAUGGCAUUUUUGUAAUAUAGUUACAGUUAGCUUGUGGGAUUCUUCUUUGUAAGUUUUGAAAGGUGACAAAUAGAAACGGCACAAUUGAAUUUGUGACUCAAAACACUCUGGCGGUGUUAGCCCAGUGUUGUGGAAGUGGUUAGUGAAACUAACCACAACAGUCAAACCUGAAUACCAAGAGAAUGAGACAGGAAUAAAUAGAUCAUGAACUGAGUAAACAAACACUUUGAAACAAAUUCUGAUGGCUUUUAUUUCUCAGUGGUUGGAAACCAGCUGUUCCUGACCAUUGUUUGUGAAAGAGCAGGUAUACUUCCUGAUUCAGAACCAGUGCUUCAAAUAAAUAUAAUGCAAUCGUGUUAGAAACAGUUGAAUAAUCUUGAUUAUUUUGGCAAAAUAAGUGCUUAGGGUGGUGCUUUCUUGGCUUAACAGCACAACGUAUGCUUCUGGACACAUUAAUUUUGCAACAGCAUUGUCCCAGCAUCACAAUGCUGAAACAAAUGCUUAGGAUCACACACUAACAAUAAUCUAUACUGCAUUGUAGCUAUGGCAGGGAUGUUUCUGAUACUGAUUGACUGAUUAACUUGAGUUGGUGUGAACUGGUUGACUGCAGCUCCCAACAUGACUAAUUGUCUGUCAGGGAUUGAGGUGUGUAACCACCAGGGAAAGGCACCCUGGAUAUUUAGUUAUUUUACUUAUAAAAAUAUUUCUGUACAACUAUUUCAUAAAAUAUAUCAAAGUGGUAAUUUUUUAAAAGAAAGAUGAACAUGAGACAUCAAUUAACCAUUGUGGAAAGGUGUAUUCUUAAUUGCCUGCAUAGAAAAGUUUCCAUCAGGCAUUUAAAAGUUGAAACAGAAGGCAAUUACUGAAUCUCUAUUGGCAGAGUCUUCCACAAUACAGGGAUAUAAGGACUAUUGCCUCAUUUCUAAUGAAAAAGAUGGAGCUAUUUUGAUAGCAUGCUUAUUUUGAAUGAAGUUUAGCAGUCACAUCUAUUAAUACUGAAGAAUCUGUGCAUGCACACAAAGCUCAUACCAAUAACAAACUCAGUUGGUUUCUAAGGUGCUCCUGGAAGGGAUUUUUUUUUAUUUUGUUUCAAUUACGGCAGACCAACACGGCUACCUACCUGUAACUAGAUCUAUUAAUACUGCUAUGUAUAUAGGUCUGUGUCACAUGUAAAAAAAUGAGGUUCCAACAUUCAUACCGGUAUAUUAAAAGUACCAUGGAUAGCAAAGAAUAGAGGUGAUGCUGCUCCAUACCAGUGAGUAAAAUCACACAAAAGGCAUUGUUUCUAAAAUGGCUUAGUUUCUUUCCCCCGAACCUUCAAGAGGCAGAGGUGGAGCAUGCUGUGCACCUAGGAUGGGGCGAGCAGCCCAUGGCGGGCUGCUUCCUGGGGGGGGGGGGGGAGGGAGCUGCACCGCUUUGCCAGCAGCCUUCCUCCCUUCCCUCUUCCUUUUGACAGCUCGGGGAGGCUUCCCUCCCCCCAGGAAGCAGCCCAGCAGCAGGGGGGGGGCAACGGCGCACCAUCUGCCCAUGACUCCCAGCCCUCCCGCAAGCUGUCAAAAACAAAGAGGGAAAAGGGGAAGGCCGCCGGCAAGGUGGUGCAGCUCCGCCCCUUCCCCCGACGGCUUGGGGUAGGCUUGGGGGUUGCGGGAGGGCAGCAUGCCAAAUGUCACACCCCCACCCCCCAGUAAUUACACCCGGGGCGGACCACCCCCUUCCUCCGCCCCUGCUUCAAGGACAGCAAAUUAAUAAAUAUAAAUACAGUCACAAAAGCACAAGCACACAUGAGAGUUGGUGUAAUGAUUCAAAACAUAGUCUGGACUGAAGUGAAACCAUAGUCUGAACUGAAGAGAGCCACAAUCUCCUGGCUUCAGGCCUUUCCUAUAAGCAACACAGAGAUAAAAAUAUUGACCUGCCUUCUUAGAUUCAUACAGUUGGAAGGGAAGUCAAAAUGCUGUCUAGUUCAUCCCCCAGGCACUAGCAAAUGUGCCAAGAGAAAAAAAACUUACAAAGGAGUCUUUCACCAUCUAAGCAGCCUGUUCCACUGUCCCAACAGCUCAUACCAACAGAGAAUCCUUGUUGAUGUUCAGUUAGCAUUCCCUUUCUUGUAACUUGAACCUUUUGGUUCUGGUCCUAUCCUUUAGAGUAACAUAAAACAAAUUUCCAUCGCAGUUAUUGGGUUGUUGUGUACAGAAAGAAGAAAUUCUGAAAUAAUAUGGGAAUACCUGUGAGGACUGCAGAGAAAAAUUCUAAAGUUGCUAUUAUACAGUCUUUGUAUCAAUAUUUGUUGUUUAGUUGUGUCUUACAAAUUCUGAAUAUGUAUUUAGUACAGUCAUACCUCGGGUUGAAUAUGCUUUGAGUUGAGCGCAUUCGAGUUGCGCUCCGCGGCAACCCAGAAGUAACAGAGCACAUUGCUUCUGGGGUUCGCCACUUGCACAUGCGCAGAUGCUCAAAAUGACGUCAUGCGCAGAAGCGAUGAAAAGCAACGCGCGCAGACGUGCCAUCACUAGUUACGUUUGCUUCCAGAUGCGAACGGGGCUCCGGAACAGAUCCCUAGAGGUACCACUGUAGUUUAUAAAAUUCUUGCCUCAUAAUCUGUUUUUAUUUUGUUUCAGGUUUGGAUUUAUGAUGUUCCUUUGGGUUCAGACAGCUGGUAAGUUAUGAAUGCAUUGUUUGCUAUGCUCAAAUAUAAAGCAAACCUUUAAGUAUGCUGAUAAUGCGGAUGAUCAGUCCUGUCUUUUCCCUAAAGUUCAGGGUGGACUGCAGAAAUGCAAAGCCACUUUAAAAUAUACAGAUAACUAAAUUAACAUUUCAGGUAAUAAUCAUAGUCUUAAUACAAUUCUCAUAAUGCUUUCUCUUACCCAGGAGAGCUGCCAUGCUAGAAUCUCCUGUUGAUGUUUCCCCCUCAGAUAGGUUCUGUGUCUUUAGUAUGUGCACUGCUGGAAGAUAAUCAACAUACACAUUGCCACAUUUGCAUGUUAGGAAGAGCUGUAUCUGUUCAAUGCCUUGUGGCAUGGAAGAUGUGGCCAUGGACUCUUGGAGAAGAGCCUGAGACUCAGUUAAGUUUUUCUUGGACUCAGUUGCUGUGACAUAAGUAGAAGGUAACCAACAAGAAAUUAGUAAUCAUAAAGAGGAGUAGAUGCCACGAGGGCUUUCCCCAUUAGGCCAAGGUCACCUUUCCAUUAGAGUGUAUAACAUUAAGUGAACUCAAACUACUGAAUUAAGUUAUUCUCUCCAGUGGGAAUGAAAAGAAAUGUGGCCCCAGUGAAACUGGAUUUUAUGGAGACAUUCGUAAAAAGCAUAUGUUUAAUUUCCCAUUUUGUCUUUAUAGCUAACAUAUCAGUCACUGGCAUAAUAGGAAGUACUGUUGAACUGAGAUGCGAUGAGUUAAAUGGCACGUUCAUCUUAAAUAACUUUCGAGUAACAUGGCGAAAAGAAGGGGAAAUAAAGUGCUUUGUAGAAACCUAUGAUUCUGAUGAAGAUCUGACUUCAUACCGCAAGAAAAACCAGUGUGCAGAUUUCAGAGACAGGACUCGGUUUACUGAGGAACUGAAGGAGGGCAAGUUUACUCUGCAACUGUUAAGGAUCAGUCCUAAAGAUGAGUUCACAUAUACCUGUGUGGUACUGAGGAAGAAUGAAGAAAGAAAAUUUGAAGUACAUAGAGAAGUGAAAACAAAUCUCAAAGUGGCAGGUAAAGCAAAUGUUUAUAAACCAUCAGUGAUAAAUUCCUGUUCUUUUGCCAAACUUUGUGUAUGUCAGAGAAUGGCAUAGAAGAAAGGCGUGUUCAAGUGUGUUUCUGAGUUAACACGGGACACGGAGGAGCAAUGGUGUUUUAUUUUUUUAAAAAAAUAAUAUUUAUUAGUAGUUUCAAAGUUAUAAAGAAAAAAGAAAAAUUAAAAAACAACACUAUAAUCUAUAAUACAUAAAAAAAGAGAAAAAACACAAAAACCAAUACAACAAUACAACAAAAAAGUAAGAAGAAAAAAAGGAAAACAAAAGAAAAAAGGAAACAACAUAGAUCCCAAAUUACAUAUCUAUAACUUCCAUUUGCUUGCUUCAUUGACCUCCUCACACCUCCCUUUUUGUAUUCUAGUUUAAUUAGUUAUUUGAGCAAAUUCUUUCCAUCUUUCUCAAUUUUUGUUAAAAAAUUUAUCUUGACAGUUUAACUUAAUAAUUAGCUCAGCAAAUCCUUACCAUCUUUCCCCAUAUUCUGUUAUUCAAAUUACCUUAAUUUAUUUAACCUUAUCUUACCCUAAAAUACCUUAAAGCUUAAAUCUUAGUUUUCAAAUAUACAUGUCAGGGAACUGCCAUCGGAAGGAAGGGAGGUGAAAGGACUCAGACAGGUUGGAAGAGACUCAGCAGCUGAAGAGGGAACCAGCAAGGGGAGAGAAGCUGAACUGAGGGGGUGAAAGGGCUCAGACAGGUUGGAAGAGACUCAGCAGCUGAAGAGGAAACCAGCAGGGGGAUGGCUCAGAGAUACUUCCAGCGAAAACAGUGGUGAGGUUUCCGGACCUCCUGUAGGGACACCCACUCCUCGCCGGAAACUGUCACGCAGAGAGUCCAGAAGACGUGUUUCCGUUAAGGAGCUUUUAUGUUGGAAGCGAUUACGAAGCAACCACUGUCGGAAUCUUCUAGUGACUAGAGGAGCCAUGUCAGAGGGGCUCCGUCACAGACAGAGGUUUGUGGACUUGAACAAACUCUGAGGGAAUACGAUUUUACGCACAAGCAGCUCAUCUUCCCAUCACAAUACAUAACUCCUGAUAUCAUUUCUGCUAGAGUCAUAUAGUUUCAUUCCAACAUUUUCCCUAAUAUUCAUUAAUUUUAAGCUAAUUCCCUAAAUAGAAAGUUUCCUUUAUAAAUUUUCUUCCAAUCUUCAUCCAACGUCUCAUCUUCCUGGUCUCAGAUCGUGUCAGUCCUUACUGUCCAUUCCAUCUAGUCCAUCAACCUGGAAGCCUUAUGUCCGAGGCCCUUAAGUCUCUUCCAUGUCCCUUCUGCAUUUCUUCUUCUUCUUGUUUAUACUUGCCCUUUUCCUUGUCUUUUGUUGGUCUCUUUCUUAAUUCCUUUCCUUUCUCAUUGAGGCGUAGUUCUCUGGGGGAUUCCAACCCAGAAUUGUCUCCAUCUCCCUUCAUCAAACCCACCCAUUCCCCAAAGUCCCACUCCCCACAGUCCUCGGUAAAAUCCAGAAAGUAUUUAAAAACAUAUUUCAAGGUCUCUCCAAAGUUAGGAACCUCCUCAACACCAGACUCCCCCUGGCCCAUUCCAACUUCAAUCUUCAAUGACAGCGGCUUAUGCUCCUGUGGGGCCUCGGGUCUCUCCAUUUGUAUUAUUUGAGGUGCAACCGCAUCCUCCUCCAUUAUCUUCUGUUCUUGCCCAGUCAGUACAGAUUCAUGAGUUGGUCCCUGAAUAAUUUCUGUAUCAAUGUUCCCUGUUUGUCCACAGUUAUUAACCACAACAGUCAAAUCCAUUUUUUCAUUCAUCAAGUCCAUCUUCUCAUGCAUCUGUUCCAACAGGGCACUUGUCUUGCAUAAGGCAAGCACCCAAUCUUCCUCCCAGCUCAUCUUUAGGCAAGGUCAGAAAAGACUGUUCCCACGGUCUUAAUCUCACAGCUGUUGAGUCCUCAAGUAUACUGCUGCAAAAAUUUAACAAGCUCCCUCUAGAGGAGACAAUUUCUAUUUGUAUCCAUUUUUUUUUUUUUAAGGCAAGUCCAACAAAGGAAAAUUACUUUCAUUUUUCAGAUAUUUUCCGGAUAUUUUGUUUCUUUAAGAUGCAAAAGGCAACAUUGGAAUCAGCUUGUUUCUCUUCUUUAACUAUCUGUCAAAAUAUUCCAUUCACAGUCAAUGAACCUACAAUUUUUGUCUCUGACACCCCGUUCCCAGGUUAGAGACGGUGGAAACUUAUCCUUCUCACUCCCUCUCCUGCAGGGGUUAAACAACCCCCCUCCCCCCCGAGCAAUGGUGUUUUAAACAAGAAAAUGUACUUGGCACACCUGGCCAAUGCAGUCCAUUGUCACGUCCUUCUUUAUCUCCCACUCUGCAUGGCUCCCUCAGCAAGGGUCAUAGGAAACUGCCUUGGUCCAUCCAGCUCAGUGUUGCCUACACUGGCUGACAGCAGCUCUCCAGGGUUUCAAAGAGGAAUCUCUCACAACCCUACUUUGGAGAUGCCUAGGACCUUCUGCAUGCAGCAAAGCAGAUGCCCUACCAUGGAAGUAGGGCCUUUCCCCUAGCACUGCCGUGUCAGCACUCCUGUUCACAGAGAGCUUUUUGCAGAGGAGAGCUGAAGGUGUGUAGACCGAAACCCCAUUCACCCCAACAGCCCAUGAGGUCACAGUCUAUACUACAACGCUACUUCCAAUAUUUCUGGUUCAACAGUAAGGCAUCAACCUGGCAGUACAGUGGUACCUCGGGUUAAGUACUUAAUUCAUUCCGGAGGUCCGUUCUUAACCUGAAACUGUUCUUAACCUGAAGCACCACUUUAGCUAAUGGGGGUCUCCUGCUGCCGCUGUUCUCAUCCUGAAGCAAAGAUCUUAACCUGAAGCACUAUUUCUGGGUUAGCAGAGUCUGUAACCUGAAGCGUAUGUAGUAACCUGAGGUACCACUGUACAAGUUACUUGUGUGUGCAAACAGGACCCUACUCCCAUUGCAUGUGUUAGUGUAAUCUGAGGACUGAAAAUCCUUCUCUCAACCUUUUAUACUGACAACAGCUCCAGACUGUGUUAAAAUAUGUCGCCCUUACUUUCCCCUCCAGCAAAUUACAGUGCGCCAGUUCUAACUCACAUGCUAUCUGGAGAAGAAAUGACGUUUAAUUGCACUUCUAGCCACGGGUACCCACAACCAAAAGUUUAUUGGGUAAAUCAUACUGACAUCAGCCUCUUGAACUCAACUCAACAGUAUACUAGAGCACCUGACGGGACGAUCAGUGUUUUCAGUAUGUUAACAGUUAAAGCAGCUACUGCUAUCAAGUUAGAGUGUACAAUUGAGAAUGAGCAGCUGCACCAAAAUCUAACUGCCAGCAGUAAGUUGAUGUUCUUCAUUUUAUCUCCUCUCAAAUAUUUUUCAUGCGCGGUGAAAUAUUUAUAGCGAAGAACAAAUUUGCCAAGUAAGCUAAAAAACAACAACUACAGUGUAAUUCAUGUCCAGAACCCCAAAAAAAACUUGACUUUCUGAUCAUUUGUCAGCUAGAACAAAAGCCUUUGACCUCUUAAAUAGAGAGGAAAGCUUCAAAUUUAAAUUCAGAUGCAGUAAGAAAUCAUAUGGGUUCCAGGACAUGCUACUUAAAGCCUUAGAACAAAUUAUUGCCAGGAUAGCUCGUAUCAGAAUGUGACAUUUGGCCCACCUACUCCUGCUGCAUCUUGGCUGUUAAACAGGCCUACCUUAAAUCACAACAACUUUUGUUUCAAUUCUGCUAGCUGGAAUGCCGUUUUUAAAACUCAGCAGUUGUGAAGUCUGUUAUCUGACUGACCUUGAGGGAAAUGGGAGCUGGAUGAAAGGCUAUAACUCAGCUGGGAGUGUAUGUAACUUAUUGAUUUAGAAAUGCUUAAGGAAAGUCUCUGGGUUAUGACCAAAUUUUUCCAUCCUUCUACAUGCAGUGUGCAAAUUAUUAGGAUAAAAGUUCCUUUUGCUAAAAGGUGAUUCUUAAGUUUCAUUGUAUUUUAGUAAAAUCCAGUUUUUGUGCAUGUGUUGUAAAGCAUAAAAACAGUUAAGAUGUGCAGUUUAUGUUGUUUGCAGACCUGUUCUGUCUGAGCCUUUUAAAAAAACCUCUCCUCCUUCUCCCCUUGGCGUUGUUUCUAUUUAGUUGACACGAGCAGUCCUGAAAAUAGCCCCUCGGUUGAUAACAGCCCAAGUAAGACAAAAGGUGUAGUUCUGGCUUCUGUUGCAGCUGUCUCAAUAGUCAUUCUACUUAUUUUGUACAUCGGGUGGAAGAAAAGGAGGACUUCUGUUCUAUGACUUACACUGGUAAGUGAACAGUACACCCAGUUUAACAAGCCCUAAGGAGUAGGAGUAGAGAAGCAGUGGUUCAUCCACCUCAAGACUUCCAGAAUGGUUAAACUAGCAUUUCUGAGGCAGCAUUAGAGCUGAUACUUUGUGUAGACAACCAGAGUAGCUUGUCACGUAGAGUAUACAUCUUCACCCAAGGGUGCUGCUUGGGGAAUGUCUUCCCAUGAUUACCAGUAAGGUUUGCCACAGUCCACAUUUCAAGCACACACAAGGUUUAGCAAGGCUGAAGUGGACCUGCUGUUGAGAUCACUGGAAGGGUAUGUACCAUUAUCUCCUUGAGUGGAGGAAGACAGCUAGUUUCUAAUGAAGCGGGACCUAUUUUAAGAUCUGUUAGCAUGCGCCCUAGGCCUCAAACCACUUUCCACUUUCACUCCCACCUACUCUCCAUUUGCAUGCCUGCUUGUGAAAACUGAAAUGAUAGUGGCCCAUCCUACAGCCACAAACUUAGGAAAACAGGCAUGUGGAAGGGGAAACUGAGGAGAUUAAAAGAAAGAUGUGUUGUGCUGCACUUAUUGUAGUCCAUUCUCAAAAUAUGGGGAUACUUCAGAGUCAGCCUUCUCAAAGGAAGCCUGCCACAUCUUAUUUGUUGUCUCCGUUCAUCCUGGCUUGCCCUGGUUGCUGGAACAUGUAGGUUUCCCUUUCACAAAUAGCCCUUGUUACAAUAGGAGCUGAAGAACAAAGUACUAACUUUGGACAACCUGUGGACAACGUAUGGUAAAUCUCCCAAGAAGAGGGCCAGUUCUGUAAUAUGCACUUAUCAUGAAAAGCUACUGGCUAGAAAUGCCUUUAGGCUUCCUUCUGUAAACUUCAUUGCUGGUGUAGAGCAGAGGUUGGGGAAACUAAUGUCUCCCAGAUGGUGAUGAACUCCCAUCAGCUCAAGCCAACGUGACCAGUGGUUAAGGAUGUUGUAGUCCAACAGCCACUGGAGGGGCUCAUGGCCCUCAUCCCUGAUGUAGUCACUCUGGUUCUAACUCAGGAUUCUACUAAUGCAUAAUUCAGGGUUCCCAUUGUGUCAAAGACAAUAUUCUCCCCUCCCAAAAAGACUCUAGUCACACUUGUACUAAAGAGAACUAAUAAUGUCAAUAAAGAGAGCCAGUAAUGUCACCAUGGCCAAGUAUUCUUGGCUCCCAUGCCAUUCUUAUUGAUGUUUAUGGCUCAGCUGUAUUUAUUUGUUUCACUGGAAGAAUGGCUUCUGCCUCCAAAACAUCAUCUGGGUCUACCAUAUGAUAAUUGUUACUUAAAACAAUGUUGUCAUAUCAAAGCAAUCAGAACAACAUUGGCCAUAGCAACUUACUCAAAUAAGAAAACCACAAAAUAAACGAAGCAUAGAAUCAGUCCCACAUCUGCAGAGCAUCUGAUUAAUCAUAGAUGCCUUCCAGGUCAUAUCCAUCUGUAAAUUCCUAAACUUGCUUGCCAACAAAUGUUGGCAAGGGUAAUGAGACGCUCAGUGUUUGUAGACAGUAAACCUUCCAUUCAUCAUGUUGGGGUUUUUCAUCUUUUCACUUUCAUGUAAUAAUCCUGGCUCAACAGACAGUUCCUUCCCUUGGUGUCAACUCAAAUUAGACCAGCUGUCUCUCUAAUUCCUAUUUAAAAUACGCCAUUGAACUUCCUUCCCUUUGUGAUGUCUUGAGUCCUUGUGUGCCAUCUUGAAAGCAGUUUCAGUGGUCCUCAUUCUAUUUAGAAUACACAACCACGUGUAAUACACCUCAGUCCAAAAGUUCUACAAAUCUUUUUUCCCCUAUCAAUUGGUGUUCAUAAAAAUGAAGAAUCAAACAACACAGUAGUCAGUAGAAAAUGGUUCACUUAGCCCAGUAGUGUUUUCCUGAAGAAUGCAUACGUAUUUCGGACCCCUAAACUGAAAUUUUGUACUAAGAACAUACAUUUUAGCUUGAUGCAGAGCUCUGAGCAUCUUGUAGCUCCCUUUACAAUAUUUUUGACAUAAGAACUUGCAUACUUUUCUGAGCUUGCUCAUUUCUUUCUCUUGCAAAUAAAUGUUGGUCAGUGCUGCAACUGGGCUAUAUCUAGCCAAUGAUUCCUCUUAUAAGGAUAUUGUCCCUUGGCUUCCCACAUUUUGGGAGCUCCAUUGCUCUGAGCAUUCAGAGUGCUUGGAUGCUGUCAUGUCCCAAAGGAAAGAAAUUUAGGGUGGGUCCUAACCAGGGCUAUUUUCAGGCAGAACUCAGUUCCAGCACCUCUCAGGUGGACACCGUUGCCAUUGUAAGAGAACAAGGGUGUUCAUGGUGCGUUCCAGCACUGGUGCUAACAAACCAGACACCAUUACCUUGAUUUGUUAGCCCUUGUUGCUGUGACAGCUGUAGAUGGGCAAGACAAGAGGCCUUGAGGGGGGACGGAAAUGGAAAUUCUCUGGCAGCACCAGGGUUUGAUGUUUUAAUCCUGUCCUACUACAUAACAUUUCUGUAAUCUGACCCAUAUAACAUUUGUAUAUUCUGUUGUGUGUGUUUUUUUAAAGCUCCUGCUGAAAUAGGAAACAGAAAUUUUGGACUGCCAGAGUAAUGUUGCCUGGAAACAUUCCCACAGAGACUGAUGGUUGUGUGUUUUCUACCUGCAGCAGAGCAUGGACUGGAGCAGAACACUUACGUACUGCCAGCAGCUUGCCAUGUUUACCCUUCUACUGAUUAAAGGCAGAAUUCUACCUGGCCCACGUCUGAUAGAUAAAGGCUAUGCUAUAAAGUUAGCCCACCAGUUGAAACCCAGAAGGGGCACACGUCUUGUGCACAGCUCAGAACUGAUUCUGUGGGGGGAAUCAACAUACACCUUUGAGCUUUCCAAGGACUGCUUCACUUGUUAAUGACAUUUUGGUACUGAAGAAAUUCACGGAGGAGCAUUUUGUCAAUGGCUUAAUGGAGCUUCUUUGUUCCACAGCAGCAUACGCCAGUGACUAGAACUUUCAUGCCUUGUUUUUCGGCUUCCUCGAAGCAAAUGAUUGGCCUCUUUUGGAAGUAGGCUGCUGGACUAGAUGGACCUGAUGCAGCAAGGGUGGUCACCUUCUGAAGUGUGGCGGCACUUCUGAGCCCAGUCUUCCAGUGGUGGUAUAGAACGGGAUAUUGACAUGGAAUCAGUCCCCCAACAUUAGACCCAGAGGUCUGGUUGUAUAGGACAGACACAUGAGGACAGCUGUCUUUUUGGGGGGUAUAUGCCAUGGACACCACCUCCAGGUAGGUGGGCAGGUCUGUUAAAUCUGUUGGGAAUAUGAUCCUCUACACCAGACAUCACUUUGGGACCAAGUUAGGCCAGAGUUCUUAUCUCAGUUUAAUGGCUUCAUCACAAUCUGAACAUAUACGUCUUACGUAUGUGGGAACCAUAUUAAUUGCAAACUCUGCCACCGUUGAAGGCAAAGCAAUCUUGGGCAAAAAAUGAAAAGGCCUUGGGCUAAUUAUGAUUGCUUUUCCCUGUUAGAUACUUCAGCCAGUUAACAGUCAGCCCAGUUGCAUAACAAUAGCAAAUGGAAUGUUUCAAAUGCUGGCAUGUGAAUGCAUUACCAUUUGCCAGAGCUUCUUCAAGAUCAGCUUUAGUGGACAGACAUCUCAUUUCAGUACAGCUGCAAAAUCUAAACAAACCAAAAGCUGGGCUUCAGACACAAGAUUGCAAAGACAGGAACUUGUAAAUCCUAGUUGUAAUAUUUCAUCCAAAGUAUUCUAUGCAUUUGCAGGGGAAGUGUCAUGUGCAUUUACAGGUUGAACAUUGAAGGAGUACAGACAACUCUGCUCUGUUCAUGCUUUCUCGUGAACAGUGUAUGCAUCAGAAGGAAUGCAGGGCUCUGGAUUUGUGCAAGUGUUCGUAUGAUUUACUAAGUUGUUGGCUUCAUGUUGCCAGUGUGCUAAGUCCGAACUGGAAGAUAUGAUGGCAAGGUAGGCAUGUGGAGAUAGCAGCACACAGCGAAUGGUGAUACAUGCAUUAAUAUGGGGUUUUGGCGUGCUAAAUCAAAAUCUGUUUAGCUCCGUGACAUCUGUGUUGAUUGGCAUGAUAAAGUAGACAAAUCUUGGGGCGCAUACUUUAAACAACAUACUUUAUCAAUUCAAUCAUCAUAGACACCAGAAAAGCAAUGUAAAUUACAGCCUUGAUCAAACCAGAAGACUUGAAUUGUUUAUUAGAGAGCCAGUGGAAUUCUAUUGAUGGUCUUGUUACAACUCAGUCCUAAAUACUUGGGAAAGUAUUCAAUUAUUUCCUAAGUAAGCAUUGUUGAAAACCCUGCCUUAAAAGCACCAUUCUGCAUUUUUACUCUGCAAAUAUUGUACAAUAGAUGAGCUGAAAAUUCUUAUGAAGCUAAUACUUCACUUAGUUAAUCUCACAGGGAUAUCAUCUAUUUGACUUUACAAAAAUAUUUUUUUUUCUUUGUUUAUAAAUUCUGCAAUGUGAAUGUGAAACUUUGGUCUGUUUCUUCCCAAACAAAUCAUGUCCUGGUUGUUUUGCUCUAGUGCACUGUGAUAAAAUGGGUUUUCACACUGUUCAACACAUCGGUGGAAACUUAUCUCAAUGCAGAUAACUCAUUUUCUCUCAUCCCACCCUUCACCUCCUAUUCCCUCACUGACAAAAGUCGGAUACUUCCACUGCUACCAGCAAAGGAAAAACAAAUUGGAAUUUUCCAGUUAUAAACACUUGUGCCCUGCAUGAAGCAUUAUCUUUCAUUUCUUUAGAAGUUUACUGAAGACUGAUCUUUUAGUGCAGGAUCUACCUGAUGUAUAUGAUUGGACCUUGUACAGAGUAUUUUUGCAUGGCAUUUUAAUUGUGUUUUUAUCACAUUGUUUCAGUGUUUGUAUGUUUUUUACUGUUGUACACUGCUUGGAGAUCAAGCAUGCACCUUCAAUGUACUCUUUUUGGCGCCUACUAAAAACAUUCUUGUUUAGACAACCCUACUCAGUUCCUUAGAAAGUUGAGGUAACUUUAAUCUGUUUUAGUAUUUAAACUUUUGUAUGUUUUGAAGUAUGGCUGUGAAUUUUUCUUGAACUUAAUUGCUUUAUCUUUUUGCAAGCUGCUUUGAGGCUUUUUACAAUCGUGGUGUGUAAAUUUUAUUCAAUAAACGAAUGCAUAUUUUUUGAAGAUGUUUUUAAACCAAUGUAAGCUCAGUUUUCCUUUGAACAAAGAGCCAGUUCCUAGAUGAUGAUUAAAUUUUAUUAUCCAUCCUCCUACAGAUGGUCUCAGGGUGGAUUGCAACAUUAUACAGUGGUACCUCGGGUUAAGUACUUAAAUUCGUUCCGGAGGUCCGUUCUUAACCUGAAACUGUUCUUAACCUGAAGCACCACUUUAGCUAAUGGGGCCUCCUGCUGCUGCUGCGCCACCAGAGCACGAUUUCUGUUCUCAUCCUGAAGCAAAGUUCUUAACCCGAGGUACUAUUUCUGGGUUAGCGGAGUCUGUAACCUGAAGCGUAUGUAGCCCAAGGUACCACUGUAUAGCAAUAUAAAAUGCAGCAUUAAAAGCAGACUUAAAACACUACAAUCACAACUAGCACAAGUUAUGCAGGGUUUUGUAUUUGCAGUUCCUCUGUGUUCAAUGCCCCUACCCCCAGUUCAUUAAAAACCCAUCAAAUGUUUAAAUGAAUUACGCCUGGCAACCACCGCCAUCCAGCCUGUGCCAUGGGUUACAACAGUGAAAACACAAUCUUUAAAAAGCAGUUUAGAACAACUUAAAAUUGCAGAAAUAGGGUGGGUCCUAAAAACAAUAUACCAACACGGACAAAAUGUCAAACUAUAGAAGUCCUACUUUUGCCCCCCCAGGCAAACCAAGUGGCUAUAUCAGGAGUGGGGAAUUAUUUUCCGCCUGAGGGCUUGUGGGAGUUGCAUGCCUGUGGUGGGCUGUGCUAGAGGCCAGAGUAGAUGGAGCAAAUGGGUGUGUCUUACUGCUCCAUACAGCCAGCAGGCAGGCAGGUUUCUACACACAUAUACCCUGACUCUCUCCAUAUUUUUUCAUUCAGCAAAUGAAGGUGCCUGACCACAGUUCAAAGACACAUUCCAAGAGAGCAUGAGCAAGCCAGAUAGAGGUUGCGGCCAUGGAAGAGAGUCCCCAGAGCUUGUCAGAGAGAACUAGAGGGUUCACGGACAGAAAGUUUGAUAUUCCUGAGUUACUUGCAUACCAUGGUAAGUUGCAUUUUAACCAACGAUCAUCUGUAUUCCCUUGAUUUUAUAUUCUAAUUCAGUCAACCACUUCUUUUACUGUGUUCCACCCUCGGUGGUCAGAGAUUCACUGGACUUCAGGUAUAGGAGGAGAUUUUAUAGCCACUUGCUCAGUUUAUUUCCUAGUUUAAUGACAAAGAACUAUUCACAUUUUGGAUCAGAAUAUCCUCCCCCACCCCCAAUAUCGCCUCAAAUUCUAGGUUUAUGGGCUUCCCAUAGACAUUUGGAUGUCCCCUUUGGGAACAGAAUGAACCUUGGGCCUGAUGUUGUGAUCUUACCAGUACAGUUAAGGAAAGGAAAGGUUUCUCAAAAGUGUUUAUUUUAAUAUUCUGUAUCUCAAACGCUUUAAACACAUUUCAGCUCCAUUACUCUUAGGUGUCUGAUGAAUACUAAACCUGGUACCAAGCCAUUAGGUUUAUAAACAUUGGGGAACAAAGCAAUAUUAAGAAAGAGGAGGCUCUGUCCAUAUUUCCUUAACACAUAUAUGGUACAUUUGCAUAUGCUGUUGACUGGGCUGAAAAAUUGUACUUAAAACUUUUUAGGCAGAUCAGAAAGGGGCUGGUUUAAUUUUCAAACAGUAGUCUCUUUUACAAUCACCACUUGUCCUGUUUUCUUCAUAGUUCAUGUAAAGUUUAAUGUUGAAUUCAACUAAAUUUGAAGGCAAGUUCACGCAAUCCACUGAAGUUGCCAUACUUGAGGUUUUCUAAAUGUCAAUUCUUUCAUCAUGUGCUAAUGGGUUUGCUCUCAUUAUUGCACAUUUGUUUCACUCAUGUCCAAGCCCACUUCUUCUUUUGUAGGUGACAUGCUGACACAAGCAAAAUAAGUACAUUACAUGAUGGUUUCACACACAAAUGCCAAGCUGUUGGUCCAUUGCUUAUCAGGUUUGCCCAUUGAUUCAGGCUAUCACUUGCCUGAAACUUAAUCUAGCAUACGCAGCAGAUUCUUGAAUCUAAAGUACACAUCAAUAACAUGAGCAAUGUGGAUGUUGAUUAUAACAGAGUGCAAUUAUGAGAGUCAUUGUAGUCUUUGAUAAACACCCUUGGAAUGUUUUGUGAAUAGUUGCCUCCCAUUUUUCUCUCUUGAUACUUCAUCAAGACUUAGCCAGUGUGACUUUGCAUAUUAUGCUUCACUUUGGAAAUGUUUAGAGAAGAGAAACUAUGGUGAGGAAUGAAUACUAGUAGUACUAGGUGGAUUUUGCACUGGCAGUGGAUAAGGGACAUACGUAAGCUUGCUGCAAGAAGGACAGGCUGUUAAUGUUCUACCCCCUCUCUUUUAAAAACCGAUCAGGAUUCCACCUAUGUACAAGAGGCAGGGAUCACAUAGCUCUGUUCCACUAGUCCUAGUUCUCAUUUUAAUAAUAUAUUUUUUAAGGUAGUGUGUUCUUGAAUACAUGCCUGUAACCACUGAUAGCCUGGAUGAGGAUGAAUCAACUUGACUCAGUUCAGAUAGGACAGAAUUUACAAGGGCCUGCUGAAAAUUGGCAAACUCUUACAAUGUGUUGCGGUGUCAGACGGGCACUCGUAGUUUGGCCUGGCUUGGCUUGCACUGCAUGUGAGUUCAUAAUUUCUUCAGAUAGCAGUCUAUGAGGAGAUGGUUUGCCUCAAUCUGGGAACUGUGUGAAACAAAGGUUCAUACUUGAGAGCUAAAAAUUUAUCACAUGGAGUGCAGUACUGAAAGAUGUUAAUCAAGUUUCCAUUUACCCUCCUAGGAAAGUCCCACCAUGUUUCCCUACUCCUACUCUUUUGGCCCUGGUCUAAGAAGAUAUGAAACUAUAUUGUGCUAUGACUGAUCCUCUUUUUUAAAACUGACAGUAUGUUGAGAAAAUUUGAAGUAGUUGCAAACUUUGGUUUCUGGAGGGUUAGCCAUGUUAGUUUGUUAUACUGAAAGCAACAGAGUCUCUUGGCACCUUAAAGACUAACAAAUCUACUGUGGCACAACCUUUCAUGUGAAACCUAAUCAAAUACAGUGAUACCUCAGGUUACAGACGCUUCAGGUUACAGACUCUGCUAACCCAGAAAUAGUACCUUGGGUUAAGAACUUUGCUUCAGGAUGAGAACAGAAAUCGGGCAGCAGUGGUGCCAGCGGGAGGCCCCAUUAGCUAAAGUGGUGCUUCAGGUUAAGAACAGUUUCAGGUUAAGUACAGACCUCUGGAACGAAUUAAGUUCUUAACCCGAGGUACCACUAUACACAAAAAAAGUUAAAUUCAAUUCUGUCUUCUGCAGAAUAAUUUGCUAUCAAAUUUCUUAAAUGCUAAAGUUAAUAAAUCAAUGGGGCAUUUCUUCCCUAUUCUUUUAAAGAAAGAUACCAUACCAUUUGAGGUAGAUGGUAUUAUUUUUAUGCAAAAGGGGAAUCUUUGCAAUAAUGAGAAGGAAACUCCGAGGGGGAAGCAAAGGGAAUUUGGAGUGGGGGGCCGAGAGAGGAACUGGUUUUACUCCCACCAGCGUAAAUGAUACUAAGGAAACGGAAUUUGAUUUCCCUUUGUAAAAGGGAACUAUCAUAUUUCGUCAGCAGAGAGGAUAUCUGAGUUAAAAAAAUUAGGUCAUGAGAUUCCAGGAGUAACCUAUUAUUAGCACAUACGUUUAACAAAAAUGUUCUGAAAAUUCCACUUGCAAGUUGCAACUUGGGGAGUCCUGGUGGCGCACCAGAUGAUAUCCUUCAGAGUUUAGAGUACCAGAAGCGUUUUCAAUAUAAAGACAUUUUACAGCCCUCUCACCAUCUUUUUUGCACAGACCCCAAAUGGUUGAUGGGUUGUAAAGUGUACAAUCAAGCGUGCAGCUUCAGUUAAAGAUUUGCAGGUACUAGUGGGCAUCAUUUUACCUGUCAUAUUUCUUGGGCGCCAUAACUUUCCCACAGGUCCUAAUGAGGAAACAUCUUUAGUAUUGGUACUUAACAGUACAACUUGCCCCUACAGCUAUGCUCCCAUGCACUGAUUUUACAAUAUUUUAGCUGUUAUGGGGAGAUAUUAGUGUUUAGUAGUGUAGUGUUCUGUGCACUUAACCUGAGAAAAAACAUAACAGAUUCAACAUAGUGGGUCAAAUCUCCAAAUAAGCAUACACUGCUAUUACCAUAAUGCAAGGAUGGGGAGAACCUACUGUUUUUCAGAUAUUGUUAGACUCCCAUCAGCCCCAGCCCCAAAAGGCCAAUGAUGGGAGUCCAACUUCAUCUGGAAGGUCUUGACUCAGCCAACCCUGCAGUAACAGGGUUACAUAUUUAGCAAUGAUCUUUAAAGUUAGAUCUAAAGUUGCCCAAUUUAUUUAAUGGUGACUAGCUAGUCUUUUAUGUAUUGUAUGUGUAUGGAUAUUUGGAUGACUUUGUAUGAUUUUAUUGUUUAAGCUUAUGCCAAUAAAGGCUAAUAACAAUAACAACAUAAAACUCUUGAUUCAUUAAGAAGCUCUAUAGUAUUUUUGGCCUUUUGCCAAUUCUAAUCUACAAUGUUAUUAGGUAGGAGUAGACUAUUGUCAUAUGGUUUGAGCUAAUCAGCAUGUGCUAUCAAAAAUGAAGCAAUUGUUGUUGAAAAUGAAUUACAGUAAGAAAAGGACUUUGGCUUAGCCCACCACCACCACAUGUAGAACCUCAGUGACAUAAGCUACUUACUUGACUAUGUCCAGAUAAUAUGGAGUAAGAUACAUUUGACUACUUACUUGUGGUGAUAGGUUGUCAAGACUCUUAAACAACAUCUUCAGAGAGAGGCUACUUGACAGUGCAUCCCAACAGGGCAGAGUAACCUAAUUUCUGAGUAAGUAAGCACCAAGCUUCUGUUUUGACUUUGUAGCUGAAGAUACUGUGAGUUUGGGGCAGUGGUGAUUGCAGAAGACUUCUGACUACAUUUUGCUGCAGAUGGUUUGGUUCAUGAGAGGUUCAGUCACUGGCUUGCACACAGCCUUUAGACUUCAGACUCUCCAGGUACUUUCCCGAUACCAAACUUUAAUAAUUUCAGGGCACUUAUCGCACACCCAAUCAUGUUACACUGAAUGGGACCAUGCCUAUAUCUGAUUUCUCAAGGGAUAUACAGUGGAACCUUGGUUCUUGAACUUAAUACAUUCCGAGAGUCUGUUCGAUUCCCGAAACAGGUCGGGAACCAAGGCGUGGCUUCUGAUUGGCUGCAGCAGCUUCCGGCAGGCAAUCAGAAGCCGUGGAAGCAGUGCCAGGCGUUCGGCUUCCAAAGAACAUUAAAAAACCGGAAUUGCUUCUGGUUUUUGUUCAUCCAGGAGCUGGAACGUUCAGCUCCCAAGGCGUUUGGUUGCUGAGGUUCCACUGUAACUGGUUUGAGGAAAGAGAAGUUGACCCCAGCAAGUUAUGUUUUUUUUAAAAAGCUGUGUAAGCUGCUCAGCAUCAGUGAGAAUCAUAUAUAACCAGAGAAGAUUGCAUUCAUGUUCUUAAGAUUCACAGAACCAGAGGAAGCUAUUUAUCCAUCUAGCCCAGUAUUGCCUGUUCCGACUGGCAACAGCUGCUCUAGGGUCUCAGGUUUUCCCCAUCACCUGCUACCUGAGCCUUUUAAGUGGAGAUGCCAUGGGUGGAACUUUUCUGCCUAAGUAGCACAUUGUACAUGUAUGUAAUGGUGACUGAAAAGCCCACUCUAACUAGGUCAUGAUGUAGCUGCUGCAGCCACCAACUAUUUUUUAAGAUGCAUCACGUACGUGUAUGUAAAAGGAGUUUAAACAUGAUAUUCUACUUUGGAGAUACUGGUCUCCUUGAUUUGGACUCUGUCCAUGUGUAUAUACAGUGGCACAAUGUGCAAUGUCUACCUGUUUACCAGCCAGUAUCUGACUUUAAAGCAUGGAAAUCCCCAGAAAAUUCCCUUAAGCCAGUCCGCCAAAAGUUCCUCCAUGCAAUGCACAUGGGCAAGUCCCAUUCUGUAAAAAAUUCCUUUCCAUACAAAUUAUAAUAUCCUAUAUGGGAACAGUGCCAAGUUGUGGCGAAAGCAGCUGAACUAGUGAAGAGUUUAUCCACAUAAAACCAAUAAAUUGCUGUGUCUUGAGUGCUUUCACUUGAUUGUGGAUAUUUCAGAAGUAUAGGAUCAGGUGCCUCAAUGCAGGAAAUUCCUCUAUACCACAGUGGGACUCCAGAAAUCCAUCCCUAGUCUAAUAAGUAUCAUUUUCUUAGAAUGGAGCCAUUUGCACCAUCUUGUGGAUGUAAUUAUUGAGGGCAACUUCGCAUAUUAUGCGAAACUGUUUGCAUACCAGUGUUAUCCACAACAAACCUGUCAAGUGUGGACGUUGUUCAUGUCUACCAUAUGCACAUGACACACAACCUCGGUGGGCAAUGCUCCCUAGAUACAUGAAGGAACGGACAUGUUGCACACACAUACGUUUAAUACGGGAGUGGGGGAAUACAGUAUACAAACUUAGAGCACAUUUAUGCAACAAUGCGUGGAACUGCUUUGACGAGUGCUUGAACUGGAUAUUAACAAGGGAAAGUGAGCUCACUAUUUCCUGUGACAUGUUUAACUAUUACCUAACAGACACAGCAACAAAUAUUGCUUACUUCUUCUGUAGAUGAAAGAUGCCAAUUUGUUGAAAACACAUAAAACUUAGCAGCAGCUCUGCUAGGAAAGGACUCCUAUCUUGAAAUGACAGCUGGAACCUCUCCCAAAUAGGAGGCUGGGACUUAACUUACUCAUGAGUAAGGAUAAUGACCUGCCACAGAAAAUAAUGGUGGAAUGCUUAUUUAAUUGUGGUCAGGGCAUCAUGUUUGGAAUGGGAAUAUUAAUCGUUAAUGGAACUUUAUGAUCAGCAAACUGAUGGCUCCCAGUGGUUGCUGAACUUGUGGGUGGAAAUACAAGAAAGCUAAACAAAUCAGAGAAAUUUAAAACCAUGAUGUGACUGAAAUCAGCUGGAAAAAAUGUUUCCUUCAAGGAGAAAAAAAAAUUAAGGCAGUAGUACCACACCAGAUACAAUUGAGCAAGAUCUUGGUUAUGGCAGGGUAAAAACAAAAUGUACAAUAGGAGACAUCUUCUGUUUCCACAAUAAUCAGUCCAAUUAAUCAUGAGACAAGAUAUUCGGCUGUCAAAUUACGAUUUACAGCUAACGUACUUGUUAACUUCAGCUAGCCCUGAUAAAAUAAACCAUGGAUUCAUUCCAACAAAAUUGUGAGGACAUUUAUUUCCUUUAUUUAUUUUAUAUUAUAUAACUUAAAACAAAUCCUUUUUAUUUUGUGGUUUCUUUAGUAGUUUUCUCCCCCAGUUUCAGAAGUCUUGAUUACAUGCUCUCAAUGUUCAGGUAUACAUUUUCAGAAGGUAGGAAUUUAUUUGGAAACAUAUUUUAUGCAAUUAGAAUAGUCUCUGAAAAGGCUUGAUAAGCGAUUGGAAAGAUUUGGAGAGGUUAUGAUGUAAUUGCUUUUAUUAUUCCAUUAGCAAUUCAGAUUUGUUAAGCAGUGACCAUCUCCAGAGCAAGUUGUCAAAUAUACUGUAAGACGAUGUGAAGACUGUGGCUGAAAUACGGAGGGGAUGCAUGAUUCAACCGGCCUGAGCUUCUUCAGUGCUGAAAAUUACACAUGUCAUUCCAAUACAAUCGUAAGCAUUCUUAGAGGCAACUCCUGUGCUAGGUCAGCGUUAUAAGGACCAUACUUCCUAAAGUUAUUGUCACUGCUAUUAUGGGUAUCCACUUCAUUUGCCUGUAAGCUUCAACACACUUUUUACCAUGGCUCCAAUGCCAUCAUAAAUGUGAUGCAAUUGUGUUUCACACAUAAAGGCUGGGGUAGUUACAACCUUGUGGUUUGCAUCCACAUGGACCUCAUAGAAGACAGUUAAGGAAAACACAGGGACUAAGCCAAGUGACAGAAUAAACAGGAAUAUGCCUUUCUGCCUCACAAACCUUUAUAUAAUUAUACGUAAUGCGUGACUUUGCAUAACUUUAGGAUGAAUGACAGAAUGAUUAAAGGGACAGCAGACUCAGAUCUUUACUGUAAACUUGGUGGCUUCAUUCAGGAACAAACCUGGGUGAGCCAUGUGGCACAGUCAGAAGGAGAUCAGAAGCUGAUUAGUUUUUAACUAAUCACAUUAUGUCUGACUAGCGUUAAUAUUAAUUAGCCCCGUCCCCAAAGUCACAUGGCUCUUCCUGCCUCCUUCACAUUAGGUCAUAACUUUCCAAGUGGGAUGCCUGCUCCAUGCAUGGAUAGCAUAGCUAUUUAGAACCCCGAGAGCUUCCAAAAUGUUCCUUAUAGCUGUGCCAGGGAACAGUGUGUGAGCCUGAGGCUCAUUUAUUUAACACUAAGCCAUAAUUUAGUAUUACAUUGGAAUGAGGCCAGUAACAUUGCUAGAAAGCUUUUCCUGGGUUUACAAAUUUGUUUCAGGAAAUUAAAAAAAAUAUAUCAAAAGGCUAACACUGUAACUGAGUAUGUGAUCUAACAUAUGUUCAAGAACUGUAUAGAACAGUGGUGGGCAACUUGUGGAUCUCAAGAUACUGUUGGGACUCCAAACAGCACCAGCUGGCACAGCCAAUAGUCUGGGAUGAUGGGAAUUAUAGACCAGGACAUCUGGUAUUCACAUUUAAAACAGUCUCUUUUGUUAGAAUUUAGAUAAAAAGUUUAAUGGUUUUCCUAAAGCAAAUGUUAUCCUACUUCUGAAUUGAACAUACUAAGGCUGAAGUCCUAACCCUGCUUUCCUGGGAUUAAGCCCCACUAAAUUCAUUAAGGCUUACUUCUGAGCAGACAUGGUUAGUAUUGUGCUGUAUCAUAACUAAUUAUCAGGGUUUUAGAAAGCCAAGGAAGAUGGUCAUGCAGUUUAUCAGCUAAUCCAAAUAUAUCACAGAAUGCUUUCCCGAAAGCUCUUCAAUUCUGUACAAAAAUGUUCAUCUCUGAUGUCUUAUCACACUUAACCUCCUAAACCCAUAUACACUUAAGGAGAAAGAAAAUCCUGUUACUGGUUUCAGUGCAACUUGCUUCCAAGCAUGUGGCUCUUUGGGAGUAGUGGGGGAUGUAGGGAGGGGAGAGGAAAAGACACUUAAAUUCAGCCUUCAUCCAGCAAAAAAGGAUAUUGUUACUUCUUUAAUAUGGUGUUUUCCACCCAGUGCUUUAAUGGCCCCAGCAGUUCCAGCAUAAGGCCACUUACCACCUUCUUCUUCUUCAUGUCCCACAGUGACUUCAGUACCAGGAAGAACCUUUGCAGCCAAAACGGGUGAAAUGCAGCACAGACUGAAAAAAAGGUGGACAGAAAACCUUCACUUAGGUUCCUCCAUUGAGGAUUUAUUGUAUUUACACCUCCCUGUUCCUUUGCUUAUAAAUAUUUGGCACACCCUCAAAAAUAAAAAAGAUACUAAACUGAAUAAAAUCCUUAUUAAUCAUUACACAGCAAUGGUAAUUUCAGUCCAACAGAACCAGGAAAAGAAGGCAAGGGUGGAAAAUAAGCUCAACAAAAUCCUAAAAAGAAUAAGGUAACUUUAGACUUUAAAAAAAAAAAAGGAACAGCUCUUGGGAGAGGCAAAAUAGUCCAGGGACAGGACUGCUGAACCUUUCACCUCUCAGAAUUAUGCCUUCUCCAGCUGUUUCCUCACUCACAGGUGAUAACAGGGGGAGGACACUCUUGAAUGGAAAAACACCCAGAGGAGAAAGUGUUAGGCAGUUCCAUCCCAUGACGCUUUUCUGUUCCUUGUGGCAGCUGCCCAGAAUGCUUCUCCAUAAGAAAAGGAAAAGAAAAAAACAACAACACACAGACAUCAUUAGAAAUGCUAUGCUGGCUGUUCCUGUUCUGUAAGAGGUGGAAGAUAAAAUCUGGGUGCUGGGAAAGCUCAUAGGGGGCCUUAAACAGCAGGACAGAAAAACAGAAGCAAAAGUGACAAGGAGUGUGAAAGAUCAGAAACACAGUUUGAAGAAGGUCUGGAGGCAGAAGGAAGGAGCACAGGGAGGCAGGAAGAAGGUGAGAACAGGGACCUCAAACAAAAGUGUGUUGGUACAAUGUCUGAAGGAAAGAAGAGGUAGAAAGAAAGGAUUGACACUGGACUGGGGAGCACUGGUGUGCUGUACAUGUACAGAAACUAGCACACCUUUUGAGCCAUGUCCUGCUUGUGGGAUUUCCAAAUGCUGCCACUGUGGGAAAUGGGAUGCCCGGCCCAUCAGGGCUCCUCUUUCGGCUGAUCAACUGAAUAGGCCCUGCCCAACUUGUGAUCCAUUAGGCCGAAAGCAGCUAACCAUCACCUACUGUGUGGACUGCCAAUGCUUGACAACCUCGUUGUGCCAGGCAGUCAGCCAGCCAAAACAUUUGUGGCUGGUGGGCUGAAGGCAGGUCAGUAGUGUUUCAUACAAUGUGAACAAAUACUCCCAUCUUAUAACUUACACACCCAAUGGGUUUCCCAGCUUUGUUGAAAUCCUUUAGCACACGUUCAACUUCUCCAUUCACUUUACAGUCUUUUCCAUCCACUGCAAACGUAGACCUUAACACAAGAAUGAAAGACCCAUAAAUUGUAAUUUUACAUUUCCAGAGGUACACCACGCUUAAAAUAAGUAAAAGGCCCUUCCCUGUCUCUUGAAAUACAAUUUAAACUACUCAAAGAAAGAAAGCAAUCCCCACUUCCUUUCAACUUCUGCCCUAGCUCACUGGUAGAACAUCAUAUUCGCAUGCAGAAAGCCACAGGUGCAAUCCCCAGCAUCUCUAGAUAAGGCUAGGAAUAUCUCCAUUCUUAAAUUCUGGAGGUCUGCUACGAGUCAGUGUGGACAAUGCUCUGACUCUAUAUAAGGCAGCCUCCAAGAUUCCUCCCUUCAACCCCACCUAAAAAAUAGGGCUGUGAGGCAGGAAUUAUUUAUUCAUAAAAGCAAUUAAUAUCCUCUGCCUUAUUGCAAUACAGAAGCCAAGACACUCCUCUGCUUCAGUACUGAGGAAAGAGGGCAAUAAAUAUGGCCACCCCCUCCUCAGGAACACUAAAUACAAACUAUAUUUUUGGUAUCUGUUUUAGUGUUGGUGUAAACCACAGGUGGCUAACCUAUGGCCCCUGGAAUGCUAAUCAACUCCAGCUCCUAUCAGCCCCAGCCAGCAUGGUCAAUAGUGAGGUGUGAUGGGAGCUGUAGUCCAGCAAUAUCGGGGGGGGGGGAGAAGACAAAGGUUUGCCACCUUGGUAUACAUGCACAGCCAUCAUAUGAAAGUUGUUUAAAUCACCUGUCCUGCUGAUCCAUUUGUGUGCAGUGACCCACAGAGCUGACUGGGCAAUUAAGUAAACACAAACUUCUUUCUAUGGGUGUACAUAAUGGCCCACCACAGAGCAGUUUGAGAUUUGGUUCUCAGAUUUGUGCUGCUCAAUUUCUUUGGCAGAUGAACAGCUGGAUAACAGCCAAGAGAAGGAAGCACUCCUUCCUUCAGACUUUAUGUAGUUCCCUCCCUGGUUGCUCCUCUGAGUCUUUUAUAAUCAUUUUGCUCCAAGGUUCCAAUCAUAGUCACAGAGCAAGUGGCAAAGUUUUUGAAUACAGCUAUCCUUAUUGGACCUCUUUAAGAUUGCCUGAUAGUUUAGUAUUUUAAGUCUGCGUUUUUCAUCUGUAUCAACAUGUAUUUUUAUUAAUUUUAUCAAGUGUAAUUUUCAAUUGUUAAAAAAUAUUUUAAUAGUCUAUUGACUGCUAGUAAAGAAAGCCACCCACACUCAGUGGGUGAGUUUAUAUACGUUGGGGGGGGGGGGAGUUGGAUCGCUUAAAUGCAAAACAGAUGCAAAGAUGAAGCACUAAAAAAAAAUCCCAAGGGAAAAGUUAUACAAGGCAUCAGUACUGUUUCUGUAAUCCAUGAGAACCAUUCUAUUUUUUUUUAAAAAGCGUUUAUUAAUUUUCUAAUAAAAACAUCCAAGUAACAUAUCAAAUGAGAUCC